UCUUGAGGCUCUGCCACCAGUUUCCCAUCCGUAUUGUUCAUCACAAUCCCGGCUCCCCAGCCAGAUCCGCGGCCUGUGCCUGCCUUGUAUCACCUGAUAUGGAGAUAGAGCCACCAAUCCUGGGGAUGUCAUUGGCCGUUUCGGCAGCAAUAAAUAUUGGCGAUGAAUCUCUGCCGUUGUUGCUAAAUUUGCUAUCCCCAAAGUCAUCCAUAUUUCCUGACCCGGAUCCCGAUGCCGAAAUGAUACGGCAGUUUUCACAUACACAGUUCAUUUUAUGCCGUCUUGAUCCGAUGACUCUUCAUAUAGCGCGCUACCUACUAACUUAACGCGCCGAGAGUAACAAUGGGCUAGUUAACAGACCGCAGAAAAAUGGGAACAGGGCAAACUUGAGCUUGGUUUCGGAUAACCCAUACAGCGAAACAGCUGCGAUUUAUAGGCAACCUAGGCAGGAUGCAAAAAGCCUGGCAUGCACCAGCAAACUGGCCAGAAACGGACGAGCUGGGGAUGUGGGAUUGGAGCUUCCAUGCAUUGGUGCCCAUAGACGGCUGAAUUAGGCCCAGAAUCACAAGCCAAACUGCUCCUAUCUCACACCCCUCUGAUCCCCGCCCCGUUCUGGAGGCAUUUUCGGCCCAGUUGGCCAUCCGCCCCACCCCUAUCAGCCCCCAGAUUGCAAGACAGUUUGCUGCACCCCAAAACAUACCAGUGACUUGGCUCGACUAAGGGGUGAAUAGCUUGCGAAAUACAUCGUCACCGGUUCGAAGUUUGCUGAUUUGUUCAAAGUCACAAGCGACAGAAUUUUGAAGUUCGGAAGAUGGCUCUGUCGGCGCGAUGAUUCACUGGUUCCAGGAGACAGGGUGUGCCAACGCAUGGGAGUUCUGGGAACAGUAACUAGCGGGAAGCCAGUGACUGACCAAAUACUAUGUAAUAAUGAAAAGGUAGGGUAGGUGAAAACGGUGUGAUCGAGCAUCGACAGUCCGCACCACCUAACUCCCUGCCACUGAAAUGGGACGAAUUAUUCCCAGCCUACGCAGCGUAGGUUGACGAUCCCGGGUGCAGGAGAGCGACCAACCAGCCGACCGACCGCAUCAUUUCAAUCACUUUGCGCCUCAAAAAUAAUUAGACUGGAGUGGUAUCUAUCUUCUUCUCCGGAACUGCACAAAAUGCUCCACUUGGUCCUGGUAACAGACCAAUCCACAUCCCCCGCCGAGGAACUAAUUUUGGGUGGAUGUGAUGGUGCACAUCAUCUCAGAAUAAUAUGUAUGGGCUUGCAGAUAAGGUCUCAGGCGGAAUCGAAAUCAAAAUGAAGAUAAAUACCUCGCUUCCCCCAGCGAAUCUACCUUUUUUUUUUUUCUUUAACCUCUCGCUUUUUAUGCGUCAUUCGAGUCUCAUACAGUCCUUCUUGAUAUUACAAUAGUAAAGUCACCUUCGUCGUCCGUUGAUCGAGACAAAACACAUCCUCAUUCUCAAAUAAUUACAUCAGAGCAAUAGAAUUGGCACUGGUGUCCCUAUCUUUCCGCACUAUCAAACGUAUUCCGUCCUGUUACCGGGUCGUAUAUCACCAGUACAAACAUACCCAAUAACCGACGCAGUGCGUCCUUGUCUCUCCCUUGCUUCCUGAUCUCGAGACUUGGUUCUGAGAUUCUACGAACAUUGUCGCAAAACACGUCCGAUCCCGCAUUCGAUAACCAGCAUAAGAAAGAUAACUGUAGAAUUGCUGUCUUGAUAUCUUAACCAGGCCUAUCGAGCGGAAAGAGCCUUCUCGACGAAAGCUCGCUACUAAUCCGCAAUUGAAUUUGCGUUGAUACCAAUCGACACCAAUCGACCCUGUCCUUCGACAGGCAAAAUCCAAUCGAAUCGACAAACCUUUUGUCUUUUCCCCUUAUUCGUUUCAAAGAAAACUUAACGAAUGUGGAAGAAAACGCACGAGAAACCCAUCACAACCACACACACAACCUCAGAAACAACCCCCGAGAUGCCCGAAAUGAAAAUGACGACGACCACUACCACAACAACGUCAACCCGCCGCUUCUUCCGCUACCGCUCCAAAUCCCCCCGUCCAACCCCAAUCGACACCUCCACCACCUCCACCACCGCCGCCAAAGCCAACAAUAUCGACACCCCCUCUUCCUCUUCCUCCACCUCAACCCCCAGCACCAGCGCCCCGCUCACCUACCUCACCCACUCGAGCCACCGCACAACCUCCCCCGCACCCCUCGUCACCAGCCCAACAGCCACAACCGCAAGUCCAAGCCCAAGCCCUAGAGCCAGAACCCCGCCAACACCACUUCGCGCCAUGCGCAAACGCCACUCGAACCCGCACGGCCAUCCCAAGCGCAAGAUUAGCGGGGGCAGCAGCCUGAGUGAAAACAGGCGGCUGUCCGGGACGGUGAACCACUGCGGGCGCCAUGCGAAUGACUGGCUGUUUGGCGGGUUUAGUGUGCGGGAGAGUGUGGGUCGGUUGUGGAAUGGGAGUGGUGAGGGGAGUGAGGCGGAGGAGGGAGGGGAGGGGGGAAGGGGGACGGGGAGGGGGAGGGUUUGAUUCUUUGUUUUGUGUUCCUUUUUUGUUUCUUGUCUUUUUGCUUCUUUCAACGUGUUUUUAUUGACACUUUUUCUUUUUCUUUUUCUUUUGGUGUGAUAUUCAGGAGAUUUGAGGUGGAGAGGAUGAGGCUUUUCAUGAUCCCUUUAUGGUGGAUUUCUUUUGUUGUUUUGUUCCAAGUUUUAUAUCGAGGGGUCAGGACGUCGAAAAUGCACCAGAAAAGCGAUCCCGACCCGACACACAACUCGUAGACGAGCCCCGAUUAUACGUUCUUAUCACUCAUUCAUACACACACAAGUAACUAAUAUUCCACGAUGAUGAUAUACCGAAGUAUCCAUCCAGUCGCUACCUACCAUCCAGCUAGCUACAUACCAUACACAACACCGUAUUAAUGCCCCUAUUCACAAUUGCCACAUAGGCACACACAAAUAUAUUUACGAACUUUACGAAAUGACGGCCAGAAAUGAACUGCAUGCAUAGGGCUUUUAUCAGGGCAUUAUAUACCCCAUUUCUGUUACAUGUGAUACAUCAAUCCUCAUGUUGUAAAUUUUUGAUUGCUGUUCUCGAGUGAUUUGCUUGUUUUAUACAUUUCUUUUAUUUCUUUUAUUAUAUUUUCCCCUCUUGUUAAUGCUAUUUUGGAUAUCUGCCUUUGUAUUCAUUUUUUUUAAUAUCUAUCGUAUAUCAAUUCUGCUGCCCAUCAGUAUCUCACUGCUCGAUAUAUCCCUAAUAUGAUUUAACGGAAGAGAGUAUGGUGAAAGAAUCCUCACAGAAGGGGUUUAUACGUCUGAACACACAUGCUAUGGGUAUAAAAAUAUAUUAUGACCUCGCAGCCUGGUUUAAGUAUAUAGAGACAUUUGAUGUGCAUGUUCAAUUUGCGGAAACUUGCCGCUCAAUAUAAGGAAGAAAAAAAAAAAAAAGGGCAAUAUUCGUGUAGAGAUAAUGGUUAUAAUGGUUAAUAAGAGGGGGCGCCAAACAAGGAAGGCAAGUAUAGAAAUCGAGCAAGAGCGCGGACAAUAGCGCACUCUUCGCCAGUCAUUCAAACUGAAAACAGGAGAUGGUGGAACGAAACGAAACGAAAUGGGUGGAAGAAGGCCGGGGAAUGGGGGUAAGUGCGCCAUAUUAAAAACAUAAGGACGAAUCCACGAAUCCUUCAGAAGAAAAUAAGAAGUAAAAAUAAAUCAUCAUAUGCCCCAUGCCUUAUCCAUACUCAUUCCAAAAUCGCUACCAACGCCGCUCUGUAAUCGCCGCUGGUCUCCCCCUUCACUCUAUCCACGAGCUCUUUGUGAUAUACAUUCUUAUACUUAGUUUUAACCUGCUGCAUCCGGUUUCUAUCCCAGUGGAUCCGCACGAGUCGCUCAAUGAGAUGAACAUCCUUGGUGCCCCAGCCCUUCAUGGCGGCCUCAAUGCCCUCGACAUCCCGCUUGAUCGGGUCCGUGGCGCUCUGUAGGAUCGCAAGGAGUGCCGCCUUCAUGUGGCCGGAGAACUUGCUCUCGACUUUUGUCUCGAGCACGGUUUUGUACUGCAC